GGUGCUUGCACAAUUCAGAAAAGCUACAAAUGCAGACCGUCAUACUCAGCUGAGCCAGUGAAGGAGUAGGGUGUCCUGGUGAUAAAGAGGGAGAGAGAGAGAGAGAUAAGAGACAGAGAGAGAGAGAGAGAAUAAAGGAAACAUGGAGGAGGACAUCAGGAAAAGAGGAAUGUUGUACCUCCAGCAGCAGAGGUUCGGCAAGAAAUGGAAGAAGGUGUGGACCAUCUUGUACAGAGAGAGCACCUGCUCCAUCUCCCGUCUGGAGUUCUUCGAGUGCAAGGACGGCAUGAGCACCCUGGAGAAGCCCAACCGCAAGCAGGACAACAAGAAGGUGAUAAAGCUGAGCGACUGCAUCCGUGUGUCGGAGGUGGAUAUUGAGGGAUGCCCUCGGGACUGUGGGCCUUUCCUGGUGGAGACCACAGAAAAGCUAUUCAUCUUUGCUGCCGACAACACGGAAAUAGAAGACUGGACACAGAGGCUUUGUGAAAUUGCUUUCCCAAUGAAGCGAGGCGACCGCGGGGCUGGGCCCAGGCGAGGCAGUCUUCCCAGGGUGGGAGACGCUGAUGGAGUCAGUAUGGAGAACAACAGCCUGUAUGGUGAAAGAGAAAGAGGGAUGAAAGACUUCAAGGUGUGCGCGAGGCGGUCGGAGACAGCGGACAAGUGCGGCCUGAAGGGCUACUACCUGAUGAGGACCGACUUGGAGAGCCUGCUGCUGAAGGACCCCAGGACGGGGGAGGUGCUGUACACCUGGCCCUACCGCUUCCUCAGGCGCUUCGGACGGGACAAGAUGACGUUCUCCUUUGAGGCUGGCCGGAGGUGCCAGUCGGGCGAGGGCAACUUUGAGUUCGAGACGAAGCAAGGCAACGAGGUUUUCCAGGCGGUGGAGGCGGCCAUCAACCUCCAGCGGCCCACGAUGCCUCGCCGGCAGACCUCGGGAGGAGUCCAGGAGAAGGAGACGCCAGCAGCAGCGCCCCCUGCAGUCCCGACGGAGGAUCGCAGGAUCUACAGCACGGUGGACGAACGGCAGGUGGGCCAGGCCGGACAGAGCAGGAUCGGACGCUCCCCACCCGACGGUCAGCCGUGCUGCCGUCUGGACGCCCCGGCGGCGGACAAAGUCCUGACCGGGGUCAAGAGCCUCAACAUAGACUCGCGGCCCAUGCCGCGCAAGAGCCAGGUGAAAAACUUCCGCAGCUGCCCGCUGGCCAAAUCCGAGGAGCAGACGUACUCGCAGAUCACCCUGGGCAGCAUGGACCACGGCACCGAGAGGUCGCGGAGCCCGGGGUCACUGUCGGCGGACGCCGACGCCGACUACUCGCUUCCCUUCGACGCCAUCGCCAAGAACGUGAUGGCGGACAUCCUGCAGGGCUCUCGGCACGGCGGCCCGCCGGCCCUGACUGACCAGCAGCAGGCCGGCGAACGGGACACGGCCGCGCGGCAACACGAGGACCGCGACCACCACCACCACCACCACGACGACGGACCGGACCCGCUUUACGACUCCAUCGACGAGAUGGCCAUCGGCGCGGCGGCGAUCCGGAUCCGCACCGACAGCCCGAAGACGUACACGCGUGCCGAGCACAUCUACGACGAGCCGGAGGGCGUCGCCCUGGGGCCGGCCAAGAGGGCGGGGUCGGCCGAGCUCGCACAGGGCUCCGGCAGCGCCGCGUCGCUGUACGACGACCCCGAGGAGGUGAAAGGUCAGGCGUGGAGGAUCAUGGGCGAGGCGGGCGACCCCAGCGGGCACGAGUACCCGUACAACCCCAACGCGGACGACUACGCCGUCCCCAAGCCACCGCGCCGCGCCUUCAAGCCCCCGUUAGACCGGGAGCUCGAGGACAGCCGGGACAACGGCCUGUCCCCUUACGACAACGUGAACGUGAAAAAGAAAAAUUGACUCGAGUUCAAAAGACAGACACAAAAAAAUCCACAAACUCUCAGAACACUCAUCAGAUGGAGUCAGAUACCACGCGGCUCUCUGUCUUUGUUUCCGUUGGACUGGAGCUCGUUUAAGAUGGUGACAUGAUCUGCCGUGACUUUGUCAUGCUAGCGCUCACUCGGCUCUCGCAAAAGAGGAAGUGAGCGCCGGCACGGCUGAAGGGGGAACUCGGAUCAGCCAGUGUGAAUGUGUGAACUUGAAUGUGCUUGUGGCCUGGCGGACUUCUGCUGGGGUCAUUUAAAACCAACAACAACAAAAAAACUUGUCAAGUGUAAGCAGUCUGGUCUUAUCACUUUGUCGCUGUAUGAUGGCAAUAUUUGUGUUAUUUUUAUUUGUUCAGUAAAUGAUUUUACCCAAAACAGCUGAAAA